CCAGGCAACACAACUCCGCUUGCUCUGCGUGAGCGCGGCUGCUAGCUAACUUGGUAGUUAGCGUUGCUUGUUUUUCCUGAACUUAGCCGAUUAUUUUCAAAUUUAGAGCUGUGAAAAGUACACGUUUGGCAUUAUGAUGACAAUUAAAGACGGGGAGUACACUGCUACAAUCUAUAAACUGAUUAAAGACAGCCAGUAUGUUGAGGCCAUUCACAUCCUUAACAGCCAACUUCAGAAGCACACGAGAUCUCGGGCAGCACUGUCUCUGCUGGGCUUCUGCUACUACCACGUCCAGGACUUCAGCGGUGCGGCCGAGUGCUACGAGCAGCUCACGCAGCUGCACCCCGAGGUGGAGGAGUACCGGGUGUACUACGCCCAGAGCCUGUACAAGGCGGGCGCCUACGCCGAGGCCACCAAGGCCUCCUUCGCCCUGGACACGCCCAGCAGCCACACCAAGAUGAUCAAACUGCAAGCCUCCAUCAAAUAUUUUGAGGAGAAUUACUCAGCUGCUAAGUCUCUGGUGGAGCAACUUCCCCCGGAGGACGCCGAUUACGUGUACAACAUGGGCUGCCUGCUCUACCAGGAUGCCAAGUACGAGGACGCCUGUAAGAAGUUCACGUCGGCCAUGCAGGUGCUGGGAUAUGUUCCUGCGCUGUCGUACAACAUCGCUCUGUGCUACUACAGGCUCAGCAACUAUGCGCAGGCCCUUAAAUACAUCGGCGAGAUCAUCGAGCGAGGCAUCCGGGAACAUCCGGAGCUGAGCGUGGGCCUGACCACGGAAGGCAUUGAGGUGCGCAGCGUGGGCAACACGCUGGUGCUGCAUCAGACCGCCCUGGUGGAGGCCUUCAACCUCAAGGCUGCCAUCGAGUACCAGCUGAAGAACCUGAAAGGAGCUCAGGAGGCUUUGACGGACAUGCCACCGAGAACCGAGGAGGAGCUGGACACGGUGACUCUGCACAACCAGGCUCUGCUCAACAUGGACAGCAAGCCCUCACAAGGCUUCGAGAAGUUGGCCUUCCUGCUGCAGCAGCCUUCCUUCCCACCCGUCACAUUCGGCAACCUGCUACUGCUCUACUGCAAGCACGAGUAUUUCGAUCUGGCUGCCGACGUCCUGGCAGAAAACGCACAACUCACCUACAAGUUGCUCACGCCGUACGAGUACGAGUUUCUCGAUGCCUUGCUGACCUGCCAGACGGCGCCGGAGGAGGCCUUCAGAAAGUUUGACGACAUGAUCGGCAAAAUGACGGAGAAGCUGCGCAAACUGGCCAAGCAGCUGCAGGAGGCCAAGACGGUCCGAGACGACGAUGGGCAGAAGAAAGCCCUCCAGGAGUACGACACCAUGCAGGAGAAGUACAUCGUGGUCCUGAUGGCCCAGGCCAAAAUCUACUGGAACCGUGAGAACUUUGCCAUGGUGGAGAAGAUCUUCCACAAGUCUAUGGAGGUGUGCAACGAGGACGACACAUGGAAGCUGAACGUGGCGCACGUGCUCUUCAUGCAGAACAAGUACAAGGAGGCCAUCAGCUUCUACGAGCCCAUCGUCAAGAAGCACUACAACAACAUCUUGAACGUGAGCGCUGUGGUCCUGGCCAACUUGUGCGUGUCCUACAUCAUGACCAGCCAGAAUGAAGAGGCUGAGGAGCUGAUGAGGAAAAUUGAAAAGGAGGAAGAGCAGAUCUCCUACGACGACCCCGACAAGAAAGUCUUCCACCUAUGCAUCGUCAACCUAGUCAUCGGCACAUUGUACUGCGCUAAGGGCAACUACGAUUUUGGCAUCUCUCGUGUCAUCAAGAGCUUGGAGCCUUACAACAAGAAGUUGGGGACGGACACGUGGUUCUACGCCAAACGCUGUUUCCUGUCCCUGCUGGAGAACAUGUCAAAGCACAUCAUCACGCUGAAGGGAGUGGUGGUCCAGGAGUGCAUUCAGUUCUUGGAGAACUGUGAAGAGUAUGGAAGGGAGGUGCCCGCCAUCAUCGAGCAGCCACUGGAGGAGUCCGGGGUCCAAAUGGGCAAGAACACUGUGAUGUAUGAGGCCCGACUCCUCAAGGCCCUCUUCUACAAAGUCACAAGCUGGAAUGAGUGACCGUGACGCAAGAAAAGACAACAACACACUCUUGAAGUGCCCCACUUGCUUUUAUUUGGGAUAGAGUUGUUUUCUUCUACGUACAUUUAAUACUUCAUGCAGACAAAAAAAGUCUUAAAUACUUCAAUAUAUUGGAGAAGACUUCAUAAUAAUUCACAAGGAAAUAAUACAGGCAGAUUCUCAUGCUAUAUUUCAUGACAUUCAAACUGAAACAGCUCCAAUCUUUACUUUUUUGGAAAGUAGAUA